CAUCCUUCGGGCUCUCUCUCAGUGAGUCCUACGCCAUGAUAGUGUCGCCAACAUUCUCCCUCGUGGGCGUGGGCGUCUGGAGGGUGGGGGAUGGGCGGCCCUUCGGGGUUUUGUGCGUCGUGUGGGGCGCCCUGGCAGCGGUGGCGGCGGCGAGACCAGAGACCGCGCAGAAUUGCAUACAAUACCGAGUCAACCCUCACGCCUCCACUCCUCCGGUGUACAUGGACACAAAGACCACUGUAGAUCUGACCGUGAAGGCCGACGGCACGCCGACCCAAGAAUCACAGACUGUCCUGAAUCUUAGUGUGGGUUCUGAGACCAUUAAAAUCCUGGUGUGGGACAGGGAGGCACAUUGUAAUGACGGAAGGCCCAGACCUAAUGGAAAGGCGUACAACAUCACUGAAGAGGGAAAAGAAGGGUUAUACCGAUUCUUCUUUUACAACAAGACACUUUACAUCAAUGGGAUCGAUGUGUGCAAAAAUGUAAAUAUCGAUGCAGAUGUCCCUCUCAAAGUGGAAAGAGCGUCUGACAACGUGACUGUCAUUUUCAAUUGUGUCAGCGAUUAUAACUGCAACUUCGACAACGAAUCCUUGACCCUUGACCCCGCCACCGCCAAAGGGACCAGCUACGUUCAGACUCUGUCUCGGGGCGCCACAGCUGACAUCGAGGUGUUCGACUGCCCAGACAAAGCCAGGAAUCUCGUCGCCUGCGAUUCCCUGAUUAAGGAUAAGCUCAAGAGGGAGGACAUCGAGGGAGAGGCCUACAAGGGCAACUGGCAGAGACUCCACUUCAGCCCAUAUGACUUGCAGGAGAGAGACGAG